UUUCGGGAGUAAGAUUGAGAGCAGCAGGAGGAGAAUAAUGCAAACUGCUUUGAGUUCUUUAAAAAGAAAAAAAGUGGGAUAUAAAUCUAAUUAAAAAACAGAAAGGCAUUUUAUUGCUUGUGAGCAGAGAGAAUCUUUUAAGCUCCUCUAAGAAGAGAUCUGGUGCACAAUCUGGUCAGAGUUGAACACUUUAAUUUUCAUUUAUUUCAGUAGAAAUGUUGAGCAUAUAUUUAAGUGAUUCUCCAAAAUCUAUUAAACAGGUUAAUAUUAGGUUGUUCAAGGAACAGUGGAGCUGAUAGAAGUAUGGAUCAGCUUAAUUUCUACUCCUCUCUGCUGAUCUUUUCCUUUAAGCAUCUUCUGCUAUCAUCCUGCCCUUCUCCUUUGAAUACUAGGGAAGGUAUCUUGGUUGUUUUAACCUUGGAGAAAAAGCACUUUCUAGCAUUAUACAGCUGUUUUCCAAGCAGAUGAUUUUGACUUCAUCUAUCCAAGUUGCUUCCCUAAGGCUUAAAGGGGUGGAUUGUACAGCUCCAAAGAGAGCAGAAUUCCUUUUAAAAUGACCUUAGAAGUACCUUUACUUUGUCCUUGGAAAUGGCUUUUGUAUUUGAAGUAGUGGCAACACUUUCUACCCUUUUGAAGUAAAGUCUGUGGUGUGUGGAAAAUGCAAGCCAGCUCAAAUUAUUGAAAUUCUGGCUGAAAAGAACAUUCAGUAAUUCUAGAAGAAUUUUUUUACUAAACUGUUUAGAAAUUAUUCAUGUUUACAGGCUUUGAUCAUUGUAGCUUCAGAGAACAAAUUCUCUAAAACUGGACUUUUGUUCUGCUGGAAGUCAGGUGCUCUUUACCUUGGAAACAUAAUUCUCUGGAAUUUGGCAGUGGUUUGGGAAUAGCUGCAGAGCCUGUCAUAGGCUGCAUGCAAAUGUACCUUUUAAAUGAUAUAUCAGAAUAAAACCUCAUAUGUGAAAUCCAGGAAUGUUUUAACGUGACAGGAUUUUAAAAAAGAGAAUCCACUCAGGAGGCCCGCUCGUUUGGAAUUGUGCUCCAGAUGAAGAUUUAAGUUUUUGUAGUGCUUCAGGUCCCUCCCUCCCUUUCAGUUCAGCUGUUUCUCCUGAUGUAUAUUUGUUACAAAGCAUAAAUAGAAUAGUUAUUCACAUCUGUUUUAAGGCCACUGGUAUGUUAUUGUGGACAUAUAUGCAAAAUAGGUAUAUAUGAAUAGACAGGUAUUUUAGUUUCCAAACGUGUCAGCAGUCUGAGGUCUUUUGUUCAAACUGUGGUGAGUUGUCAUGUUGGCCAAACCAGGAUAUAGUAGUAGUUAUUCAGUUUCUUUGUAAGUAAAAACUAUCUAAGUGAAAAAAUCAUUUUUAAAAUGAAUAAUAUAGUUGAUUAGAAGGGGAUAUUUUGCAGUUGUGAACUAUACUAAAAUCGAUAACUUCAUGGGCAAUAUCCAACAGGAUGCAACUGGCAAUGUAAAAUAUGUUGUGCUAACAUAAACACCUCAAGGACAGUUAAUAGUACUAUUUUCCAUUUAUUUAUUCAUUCAUUUAUCUUUCGGUAUAAAGAUACUGAAAGAUACUUGCAUUAUGUCCCCUUAAUGCAAGACAAUGGUGGAAGCAGGGGGAAUUCCAUUUGGGAAUGUACUCAUCAGAUUUAGUGAUCUGACUUUAUGGCCAUUUUUAAGCCACAGAAUAUAUUAUCAGGAAUUGGGUGAUAACAGAAUUCAGUGUUCUGGGUUGCAUCUUUACAGGUACUUGGUGUAGAAAAUGUUCCAGGACUGUGCAACAAAUGCUGUGAAGUGCUACUGUUGUAACAUUGACAAGAAAAGUAUUAUCUGAUAGUUCUUCUGGCUCCACUGUUUUUGGCCUUGAUUAAAUCAGAGUUAUGUUACAGAGCCCAGAGAUGUGGACACAAAAACUGACAUUCUCUUGGGAUACCAUAUUACGUAUGCCAGUGUUACCAUAUUCUGGCAAAUAUUACUUUAUGCUGAUUGGGAUGGGGAAGAUAUUUAAAUAUGCUUCUUGCUAAAUUGUAUAUAGCAUAAAGUGGGCUGAAUGGAAGGUAGAUCUCUUGGUUUUCUGAAUAGAUCUGAAAAUGGUUGUUUAACAGUGGCAACAAAAAAUGCCUCUUGUCCCCCCAAAUAUUCCACUAUUGAAGUAAAGAAGCCUUGCCAAGAGAUAACUAGGAGUUAAUUUUUGUAUGCAAGGACUGUGAGCUCAAUUAAGUUCUGGUUGCAAGAACAAAUUAUUGGAAUCAAACCAAGUACUUGUAAAGAUGCAAUCCUCAAUUAUGUAUAUCUUUUGUGUUUAUCUCUGCUUGGUGGGCUUCUCGAGACUAUGGUUAAAAAGAAGGACCUACAAGACUGAAGCCUGUCAACCCCUGGCUUAAAAUGUUUAUUCCACUGUCACCUUUGAGACCUAUAUGAAAAUACUGGAUUUGACUGGCAUCGAGUCCAUGGACCAGUGUCGUCAUACUCUGGAGCAACACAACUGGAACAUAGAGGCUGCUGUUCAGGAUCGACUGAAUGAACAAGAAGGUGUCCCAAGUGUCUUCAAUCCACCACCUUCUCGACCGCUACAAGUCAAUACUGCUGACCACAGAAUCUACAGCUAUGUUGUUUCAAGGCCGCAACCAAGGGGCUUGUUAGGAUGGGGUUACUAUUUGAUAAUGCUUCCAUUCCGAUUUACAUAUUACACUUUACUUGAUAUAUUUAGGUUUGCUUUGCGAUUCAUACGUCCUGAUCCUCGUAGCCGCGUCACUGACCCUGUAGGUGACAUUGUUUCAUUUAUUCAUAUGUUUGAAGAAAAAUUUGGAAGAAUGCAUCCAGUCUUUUACCAGGGAACUUACAGCCAGGCACUGAAUGAUGCAAAGAGAGAGUUACGUUUCCUGCUUGUUUACCUUCAUGGUGAUGACCACCAGGACACUGAUGAAUUCUGUCGCAACACACUCUGUGCACCUGAAGUGAUCUCCCUUAUAAAUUCCAGGAUGCUUUUCUGGGCCUGUUCCACAAAUAAACCAGAGGGAUAUAGAGUAUCUCAGGCGCUGCGUGAGAACACCUACCCAUUUCUGGCAAUGAUCAUGUUGAAAGAUCGUAGAAUGACUGUUGUUGGAAGGUUAGAAGGACUCAUCCAGCCUGAUGACCUCAUUAACCAAUUGACAUUCAUCAUGGAUGCCAACCAGACAUACCUGGUGUCUGAGCGAUUGGAAAGAGAAGAGAGAAACCAAACUCAAGUUCUGAGACAGCAGCAGGAUGAGGCAUACCUGGCAUCUUUACGGGCGGAUCAGGAGAAGGAACGCAAGAAAAAAGAAGAGCAUGAGAAGAAGAAGAGAAAGGAGGAGGAGGUACAGCAGCAGAAGCUGGCAGAGGAGAGACGGCAACGGACUUUGCAGGAGGAGAAGGAACGGAAAUCUGAAUGCCUUCCUCCAGAACCACAUCCUGAUGACCCAGAAAGUGUCAAGAUCAUCUUCAAAAUGCCCAAUGACUCCAGGGUGGAGAGACGAUUCCAUUUUGCGCAGUCUUUAACGGUGAUCCAUGACUUCCUAUUCUCAUUGAAGGAGAGCCCAGAGAAGUUUCAGAUUGAGGCCAACUUCCCCCGCCGUGUCCUGCCCUGCCUUCCUACAGAGGAGUGGCCUAAUCCACCUACGCUGCAAGAAGCUGGACUCAGCCACACGGAAGUUCUUUUUGUGCAGGACCUCACGGACGAUUGACACUUUUCCAAACUAGAGAGAUGGAAAGAGAAAUUCCUAUUAUAAUACAAUAUUUUUUUUAAAGACUGCUGCGUACAAAUGAGGGAUCAGAGACUAUGUGGCCUGGGCCAGCCACGUGAUGUGUCUGCCCUGUCAGGAGAAGCUGCACACGCUUGUGCACACUCAGCCCCCUUUUUUACGUUCAGAGGGCAGGCGGGAGGGGCCACAAUUGCCCUCCCAAGGUGAGGGUCAGAAACGGCAGCUCUUGGUAAAUAUUGCUUUCAUUGGAAAUGAUACACUCCAACAUUCUGACAUUAGGAGAUCUGAUGUUUCGCUGCUUGUGACAACUCGAGGACCGUAGCUGUGGGCCAGGCUGAGAUCUUCUGUCCCAGUUGCAGAGAGACGGGCAGAGGGUUGCUUCUUCCAGCUCCUCACUCUGUAAAAAUCUAUUAAAUAUUUCUUUUGCUUUGUAAUGACCAAAGGAGAAUGGGGGUAAUGCUGUUUUGUUUUGCUUUUAAAAUCAGGAGCUGGUUGGCAUUCUUAACAACAGGGGCUCUUCUUCUCCAGGGUUCUUAGCCUGCGUAGUGUAAUAAACUCUGCCUCUAGUGUGCCUGUGCUACACCUUUGACUGUCAGUGUCUUACUGCCUACACAGACUGCACCUGGCUAAAUUCCCUUAGGCUUUGUUACAGCCUCAGUCUGAAUUCCUAAGUAAAUUUUUAAAAAAUCGGGGCAGCCCCUCAGCUUGCCUGAACUCACUCUGGAGGAACCUUUGAUCUUGCCAGUGUGAGACUUGUCCAGUCUCACCUCAUGAGGGAUCUUCUGUGGUGACUGAAGGAAAGGUAGAACAGGUCGACUAACUUCUAAGCAAGGGCUAUAGAAAUGUUUGAUAAGCCAGGUGAGACGUCCAUGGUAAUUGUCUCAGUAUUAGUGGGUGUAGUGCCUCCCUGCCUAGAAAAGGCUACGGGGCAAAAGAGGAGCAAAACAUGGUCGCUAAUGUUCCAAGGGGCUAAUGCAGUUCUGCCAGAGCAUUCAACUUGCUCAUGGCUGCAGCUUUUGGAUUUGAUCCAGGCUCACCUUCAUAAAGGGAACUGGAAUCCAGCAGAAGCUGCCCACUUGAGGAACUUACGGCCUUGCGUAUGUUUUGACCUACAACUCCCAUAAGCCCUAGCCAGCAUAUGCAGUGAGGAGGGAUGAUGGUAGUUGGAGGCCAGAAUAUCUAAAGGUCCCUAGUAGUGCCUACCCCUGCAAUAGAUGAAGGGGGUUGGAUGGUGGUUUUCUCCAGUUUGCCCUGCAGCGCACCCUAGGAGGUGGCAGUGGGGACUACAGGAGAGGUUGGAGAUCGGCCCCCUUCCUCCUAGGCUAGUAAUACACUACUGAAUGCAAGUCUGGAUCCAGCCCAUUAUUUGUCUCAAGUGUAGGGAGAUUAAGCCUGCCCCAUCAUGCAGUGAGAUGUUCUUAAGGUCAGCAAAGGUGCCCUCUUGUCUUUCCAGCUAACAAGGACACAGUUUUUAGUUGUAAAAACCUAAGCUUGUGAAAGAGCACAAACAUUUGCAAAUGGAACUCAUUGGGUUCUUGCAGGUCUGCCACAUUUGCGACUCUGUGUGUCAAAGAUAAUGCCUCCUGCAGAUCAGCAGCAUUUGGCAUCUUGAGCUGGACUCAUGAAAUACAGUAUUACUUUUAUUUGUCAGACAUAGCUUCCAUUCUCUAUUUUGUUUGAUGUGGUCAGAAGCACAAGAAUGCUGAUUUUUCUGUUCGUCCUUUUGGUUAUGAAUCCAGAAAAGAAUCUGAGCAAGUUUUGUACAAGGGACACUUUAUGAGGAAAGGAAUGCUGACUUCCUGCGGGAUGGAAUGGGCUUGCUGUCUGCACAGGCACCUGUGUAGAACCGUCCUUGACUUCAAUCAUCGUGUGAGUAUGUGUGCACAGACUAGUGCAUACUUAUGCAGGUGCAAUGAUCCGAUGGUGGCCACAGUGUAGAGCAGUGCCUAAGCUGCUGCCAAAGAGUGACGUAAUCAGUUUCCCAGCUGGGGCAAGGGGUGCCCCAGUCUCUUGUUGAUCAAGCCAUCUAGGCACCUGUUCCAAGAAUGAGAGGUGGGCAGGUGGAGUGUUUGAACAAAGCAGAGCCCUCAUGUACAGCCUAAGCUCUUUGCCCUUUCCUUAUCUUGUAACUGUUGUCACAAAGGCAGAAGGUGUGUGUGGGUGUCCGUGUGUUGCUGUUAUCUUCCACAGAAAGCAAAACCUGAGAACUAUUUCAUGGGAAUCAUGUAUAUAAGCAUAGCUGCUGCAGUUGCAUUAUCGGAGGGAUAAUCUAAAUUUGCGGAACUUGGUGCCGAACCAGGUAGGGUGGAAGCAGCCAGACUAAUUUUAUCAUGUGCCUGCCAUAUGCUUUCACACUGUCUCCCAGACCUGGGUCUGAAAUAAAUUUUUUAGAGCACUAGGGUUGUGCAGGUGCAGAGAGCUCCUCUCCUCUCCUGUGCCAUUCUCUGUCACGGCAGGCACUUCUCUUCAGCCUGCUUCCAGUGUCCCAAGUGAGUGAGGCUGAAGGAAGGGUAUGCAAAAAGUAUGGGUAUACAGUAAGGGAAAAUCCAUUCCUUUCACAUGGUCUUAGCUUUUUCAAGUAAAACCCCACCCAUUCCCUUAUAUGCAAAUUGUAGUUGUCCUCCCCAAAAUAGCAAAACCCCGUUGUGACAAAAAGGAGACGGUGGUGAAUGGGGUCAUGAGCCUGCUGCUCUUAACAUGCUUGUUUUCAGCCAGUCUGCAAAGCAGUUAUUCUGCCUGUGUCUUAAACUGGAACCAAGUAUUUUUGGCCAUUGCCUUUCUACAAAAGGAAGAUUUCUGUAUGCCCGAUCUCGCAGUAGCUUGUUCCAUCUUAAACAUGCUGUGUUGUUUCUGUUAAUGCUGACUACUUAUCAAAGCAUGAGCAAAAAUGAUUUGGAAAAACAAGUCAUCUCCGAAAGUGAGCAUUGGCAUUAAAGGAUGUGGUUUACAAUAUAAAAGUUUUAAAACUCCCAGUACUACAUGCUUUUUGUAGAGGUUGAUGUUGGGGGAUGUACAAAGGGGACUUUACUAAAUUCUACUGUAAAAACUUGAA